AUGUCUCUCGCAACACUUUCACUUCCCACCCUCGCCGAAGCAUACACGGUCUCGGCAGACUUUGUCGUGGCCGCCGUAGGCUCGGCCACUGACUGGCCGUACGGCUGGCUCAACGGCCUCCACUGGAAAAUCAUCGCCAACGCUGUGGGGUUCACGCCCCUCGGCGUCGCGCGGUACCUCGCCCCCCUUGCGCUGCUGUAUGCACAGUGCUACCUCCUCUUCGAGCCGGGCACGCGGUAUACGCGCUUCGCUAUCGGCGUGGCUUGUAUCGCCGGCAUGUGGUCUGCCUGGACAAGCACGCGGUUCACCAAUCCGUGGCAUAACGCUUGGAACCACGUCGCGACCAUGCCGUACAUCCAGUUCAUGCUCAAGUCGAUUGAGUUUGCUUUUCUCAAGGGCCCGAUCCGCGAUCCCAGUAAUCCGCCCCGCAGCCGUGCAGCAUGGGAUCUCCUCGUUAACCACCGCAUGAUCGGGCUCGGUAACGUCGGGCUUGACGUCAGUCCGGGCAUCCCAAACGCAAAGGUACCUGUCGGUUACGUCGAGCGACACCUGCAGAACUGCCUUGGACCACGGCCCACCUCGCGUAUUGGGAGCGUGUGGCGUCAUGCGAGAUAUGCUGCGGCCAUGUACGUCAGCUUGGACGUGUGCUUCUCCAUCAUGCGUCGGGGCGACGCCAUCUUCCGGCAACCGUAUGGUGGCCCAAACGUCCUCGAGACGUUUGCCUACGGUAACAAUUUCUUCUUCUGCCCAGGCGUGCUCGACUGGCAGAUACCCAACUAUGCCAUCAAGAUUCUCGUACAGCUCGCAAUCCUCGCUGUGGUAUGGAUGGCAUUCGAGGGAUUGUACCAGCUCUUCGCGACUGUGCAAGUCGCCCUGGGUGCGCCUGUCAAGGCGUGGGACCCGAACCUCUUCGGCGCACCAUGGAACUCGGACUCGCUUAUCGACCUGUGGGGCAAGCGGUGGCACCAGACCUUCCGCCACCUGUUUAUCGUCACUGCGUCGGUCGUGCUUCGCGCCCUGCGCCUCCCCGUCAAAGCGCGCAGUCUCUUCUUCAUGACAUUCUUUUUCAGCGGCGUCCUGCACAUGCUCUCGGAGAUGUGCAUGGACCCCGUCGGCUCUCCGGCCAGACUCGUUCUAUUCUUCGUCCUCGCUGGCGCCGGAUGUGCUGCCGAGGUGAGCUACAAGAACAUGACGGGUCACAGGGUGCGUGGUGGUUGGGGUCGCCUCUGGACGUGGGGAUACAUGACCGCCAUCGCGCCUGUCAUCUCCGUGCCCUGGCUCAACUCGGGCUAUGGCGGCAACCACGUCCUGCCUGCCGGUGGACCAGGCGACUACAUCGCCGCCUUUAUCCUCGAGUACGUUCUCAAGAUUGAGAAGGCUUAG